AUGAGAGCUGUUGCAGUGCAGUAUUUUAAGGUGGAGAUAAACAGUGGCUCUACUACUUUUUUCUGGUUCGAUAGAUGGUCACCUUUGGAGGUUCUUAUUGAUUUCACUGGAGGAAGAGGCUGUGUAGAAUUAGGUAUUCCAAUAAAUGCAACGGUGGAGAGAGUCAUUCAAACUUAUAGGAGAAGAAGGCGUAGAGUUCCUAUUUUACAGCAGAUAGAACAAGAGAUUAUGGCUCUGCAGGAGAGAAGUCUUAAUCAGCUGGAUGAUGUUUGUUUGUGGAAAAGAGAGAGUGGUGACUACGCAUCGGAGUUUUCUACUUCCCAAACUUGGAACUUGUUACGAGAGAAGAAGCAGAAGGUUCCCUGGUCUAAAGGCUGGCUACUGGUGAUAGGAUACUUAAGUGGAAUCCUCAAGCAGUGUCUGUUUGCUGGUUAUGUUAUGCAGAUACUGAUCAAUGGUUUACAUGAAAGGGUAGUGACGUUCUUAUGGAGGUAUUGUUUCCAAUCUGUUCUUCAUGCGAUUUGGAUGGAGAGGAAUACUAGGCGUGUGGAGGAUAAAGCUCUGCCAACUUCUUGUCUUAUGAUAAAGUUGGACAAGCAGGUCAGAAACAGAAUUACUUCUUUGAGAAGGAAGAAUGGAGGUAAAUAUGAGAAAGCAAUGGAGGAAUGGUUUAAAAGAAGGUGA